AUGUCUCGAGGUCGUCAGGCCGCGUCGUCGUCCUCGGAAGGGGUGAAGAUUGGAAAGGAUUUGCUCUCCCAGGUUGUGAGCGCGAUCGAAUCUCGCGACAUGAGCGCGGCGCUCGAACGUUUGGACGACUUUAAGGUGCACGCGGCGAUGUACUUCAACGCCAUCGAUGUCUCUAGUGAAUUCAGAGCCGAUGAACUGCGACUGAGCCGUGAGGCGGCGGAGCGAGGGGUCAUGAUCAGCGCAGCGACGAAAGAUGAGGCUUCGUUCGAAAGACACGCGGCGCAGGCCAAGGCGGCGUACGAGGCGUGCGAACGAUUCCCCGAUGGGAUGAUCGAGCGUUCAGCGAAUGAACCGUUGAUAAUUGGUCUGAAUCUGCUGCGUCUGCUGGUGCAGAAUCGCAUCGCGGAGUUCCACACCGAGCUGGAGAUAACGAAUGCUGAGACGCUCGCGGAUGGGCGGGUGCAAGCCGUGCUCGAGCUCGAGCGCUUCUUGAUGGAGGGCGCGUACAACAAGAUCGCAGCGAAUCGAGGAGCACUUCCGGAUCCGAGCUACGAACACUUCAUGUCCAUGCUCAUGGAUACCGUGCGAGACGAAAUUGCGAGUUGUGCGCAGAGCGCGUACGCGAGACUGUCGCGCGACGACGCAACGAGACUGUUGGGAUUCUCCAGUGCCAGUGAAUUCGAGGUUUACGCUAGAUCUCGGGAAUGGACGAUCGACGGUAACGGAACGGUUAUAUUCAAUGAGGAAAUCGCCCCAGCGAGCGCGAAAGACAUCCCGAGCGCUUCGUUGAUUAGUCAGACUUUGCUGUACGCAAAGGAACUCGAACGUAUUGUGUGA